GGGGAGGCGCGGGUUGCUGAGUCUGAGAGCCGGUCAAUUUCAUCGCGAGAAGCAGAGACAGGAGCAGGAGGAGCAGCAGCAUCAGAAGGAGCAGAAGCGGGAGGAGGAGUUGGGAGCUAUGGCGACUGCGGUUCUGGCCAAUGCUGCGCUGGGCGUGGCGUCGGGAGCAGCAGCAUCAGCGGCGGUGGCGACGAGCAAUUGCGGCAGCGGGCGAGCGCAGCACGGCGCGAGGGCGGUGUCGCUGAGCUUGACGAGCGGAUUUUUCAGCGACCGAGUCGGCCCGAGCUGCGGCAGCGCGGGGUCUGCGUUCCAAGGGCAGCUCGUCGCCGAUGCCGCCCUCCUCGCCGUCUCGGGGUCCCGGAAGGGCCGAGUCACGACUUGUAUGGCCGCGUGGACUGGCGCUCUGGCCUCCGUCCGCCUGAUCGUCCAAGGAAAGCAUCUGGAGUUGACUGAUGCAGUCAAGGCUUACGUCGAAGACAAGGUCGGGACCGCUGUUCAUAAUCAGCAUCAUCUCGUGAAGGAAGUCGAUGUCCGACUGUCUGUUCGAGGUGGAGAGACCGGGAAAGGAGUCAAACUGCAAAGAUGCGAGGUAACUCUGUUCACCAAGAAACACGGAGUAGUCCGCGCAGAAGAGGAAACUGAAAGUAUGUAUUCGAGCAUCGAUAAGGUGUCGGAUGUGAUUUCUAGGAAAUUGCGAAAGAUCAAAGAGAAGGAUGGAGGUCACGGCCGUACGUGGCAGAUGCGUAACCAACCCCGCAUUGGAGAGUUGCUCUCCGAUGAGGUAGUGGAUCUCAAGCCCAUCCUCGAGAAAGAGCCUGAAGACCUUCCCGACGAGGUCGUGAGAACCAAGUACUUCGACAUGCCACCCAUUGGCCAGUACGAAGCUCUCGAAGAAAUGGUGAAUUUGGGCCAUGACUUCUACGCAUUCCGCAACAAAGAAAGCGGUGAGAUCAACAUUCUGUACAAGAGGAAGCACGGUGGUUUUGGAAUGAUCAUUCCUCGAAACGAUGGGAGCUGGGAGCAAUCUCAAAACGGAAAUUCUAAGAGCAGUUGAUCAAGCGGGAAUCGCCAUCUUUGAACGGUCAUAGAAAGGAAACAAUUCUCUCAGGUCCAAUACAGAAAGUGUGAACCUGGAAAGCCCCACGCGAGGCGAGUUUGGAAAAUAUUCAAGGAAUAUCGUCGAAUCCAUGUCGUGCUGAGUCUGCAGGUAGCAGCGUGGAUCCGCGAGUGCUGUAGAAUUGUAUCAUUGUCUAUUUGUAUAUUGUUUGAUUGUCGAAGACAAGGAUAGUCAAGAUGAUCUAGCCAAGUUUUGUUCACGGAUUCAAGAGCAGGGCAGGAUAGACAAAACUUCUUGUACGCAAUGCUUCUAUUUGCCGGUCGAGUGAAUCAAGAGUUCUUAUGUACAGGAAUCCGCAUCAAUAUCAUAUUUGCAA